GAUGGACGCAGUGUGACCGGCCACACUUUGUUGUAGUAAAUGCAACAAAGUAGCUUUAAUGUUGCGCUUCAUCCACACAUGCUCGUCGACCGGCUGUGCAUGCACUGCACGGCGUUUCACAGACAUUAAUGUGUUGCACCGACCGUAGAAGUGUCUGUAACACAUCAGAAUAAAACCCCUCAUAUAGAGAGUCAAGUUGUCGUAUGUUCAGGACGAAACGCUCAGGUCUUGUGCGGCGACUCUGGAGAAGCCGUUUGAUCCCAGAUACAGAAGAGGAUGGAAAUGGCAAUGCUAGUGAGGGCUGCAGGGACGAGGUGUUCGGAGACAACCCGGAGAAGAUCCCCAAAAGGGAGCUCCCACCGAUGACCCCGGGUAUAGGGGACAUAGGUGGGGGGUGUAGUGGAGGCUUGGACCGGGAUGGAGCCGAACUGUGCGUCCAGGAGCCGGGCAGCCUUCGAGCCAUGCAGGACACAGAGACCAGGACGGUGACCUGCUGCUUGUUUAAAGACCGGGACCAGUCCGAGACCCAGGACGGCUCCACGGACCCGGGGUCGUGUCACCUGGUGCUGGGGACCCUCAGACCUCCGGAGGACCCGAUGCCUCGCACGGUGCUGGAGCAAGAACUGAAAUCAGCCACUUAUUCUCUGCUGAAGAGGCUGAAGGAGAGGCCUCUGGACACCCUGCUGGAGGCGGUGGAGUCCAGAGGAGGCAUGCCCAGCGACUGUGUGAUGGUCGCCCGCACAGAGCUGCUGCUGGCCGGCCAUGUGGCUUCUCCGCAGCUGCUGGUGUGUAAACUGUACCGCUGGUCCGACCUGCAGCAGCCGGCCCAGCUCAAACCGCUCUGUGAGUGUAAGAGCUUCGGGACUCUGGACAGUCCGACCGUGUGCUGCAACCCCUAUCACUACAGCCGGCUCUGUGGGCCAGAGUCACCCCCACCUCCCUAUUCAAGGCUUUCCCCUAAUGAAGAACACAAGCCACUGGAUCUGUCAGACUCCACAUUGUCUUACACUGAAACUGAGGCAGCCAGCUCACCAAAUAUCACACCAGGGGAAUUCUCAGAUGCCAGUAUGUCGCCUGACGCCCCGAAGCAGAGCCACUGGUGUAACGUGGCGUACUGGGAGCACCGCACGCGCGUGGGUCGCCUCUACACAGUGUACGAGCACUCCGUCAGCAUCUUCUAUGAUCUACCUCAGGGCACGGGCUUCUGCCUGGGCCAGCUCAACCUGGAGCACCGCAGCAGCACAGUUCAGCGCACACGAGGCAAAAUCGGCUACGGCAUCCUACUCAGCAAAGAGCCGGACGGCGUUUGGGCGUAUAACCGCAGCGAGCAUCCCAUAUUUGUCAACUCCCCGACCCUGGACGUGCCCAGCAGCAGAACUCUGGUGGUGCGGAAGGUGAUGCCGGGCUACUCCAUCAAGGUGUUUGACUAUGAGCGUUCAUACCUCCUGAGGCACUCCACGGAGGCCGACCUCUUGGACGGACCCUAUGACCCCAACAGUGUGCGCAUCAGCUUUGCUAAGGGCUGGGGCCCCUGCUACUCGAGACAGUUCAUCACCUCCUGCCCCUGCUGGCUGGAGAUCCUCCUCAACAACCACAGAUAACACAGACGGACCCCACAAACUAUCCCAAAUAUCAUCUACCUAGAUUUAAUAUAAAGUUUUAUAUAUUAUAUGAAAUAUAUAUUAUACUUGUAAAUACGGAGUCAUUUUUACAAUGUAAUUAUUUAUGUAUGGUGCAAUGUGUAUAUGGACAAGAGGAAAAAAACGGAAAAUGCACUUUGGCUUAUAUAUAUUAUAUAUAUAAAUAUAUAUAAAGAUAAAGAAUCUUUCAAUACCAACUUGAGAAAUUAUACAGCAAAAUUAGGAUGAGCCUGGAUUCGGUGUAUAGUUUUCAUAUACUAUUAAUAUCCAGACAAAAAGCUAACACCAUUCACACAUUGAUAAUAAAGG